AAGAAGCAUCCUGACCUGAAAAGUCACCUAUCCAUGUUCUCCAGAGAUGCUGCCUGAUCUGCUGAGUUACUCCAGCACAUUGUUUCUUUUGUAAACCAGCAUCUGCAGUUACUUGUUUCUACAUUUUACUUUAGUCUUUAUUGCACCACUUCAGAUCAUAUUGCAAUCUUUGCACUAUUCUGCUGCUUUGCACUCAUUUAUUUAUAGUUGUAUUUGUCAUUACUACAUAUAUACAGUUUAUUCCAUGAGCUUCAUACAAACAGGGAAUUUCAUUGCACCUUGCUGUAAAUGACAAUUAAUUAAUUUGAAUCUGAUCUGAACCUGAAUCAUAUCUGUCUGGAACCCAGAAUUUCGAAAAGCAAUACUUUAUCAAUGCCAGAGGAGGGCACCAUUUGAUAACAUUUGGAUUGUGUUACUCGCCAUAUUCGGAGUCUGCUGCCAAUGGUCAAAGGUCUCCUGUUUGCUUCCGCAUUAUACGUUCGAGUAACUGAACCGUCCUUCUCAAUUUGAAGUUUUUGGCUUUCUGAUUAAAUCAAGGUAUGGCAUCGCAAAAAUUAAGUCUCCGCUUGGCUGUGUGUUUGCUGAAUAUUUCUGAAGCUAGAAAGAAAGACGUUGUGGAAAGGGUCGCUAAAGCUGCACUCUGGAAUAACCAAGGAGAGAAGAAAAUACAAACAACUGUGCUGAACAUAUUUUCAGAUUAUGAUUACAACAGAUCAGUUAUAACUAUUGCUGGUCCAGUUGAGACAUUGGGUAACUCGGUUUUGACAGCAUGCGUUGAAGCAUUUAACUUAAUUGACAUGAACGGUCAUGUUGGCAUUCACCCCUGCCUUGGAGCAGUGGACCUUGUCCCCAUCUACCCUCUCUCGGACUCCGUUAGCCUCGAGGAGUGUGGCAGAGUGGCUUGCGAUGUUGCUGAAAAGUUAACCCUCAAUGUGCCGGAUUGCAGUCUCUUUUAUUUUGGAUAUGCUGAUCACCCUCUCAAACGAACCCUGGUCCAACGCAGAAAAGAACUGAAAUGGUUUAACCGGAGCAGUUUGAAGGGCACGGAAAGGAAGGCAGAUGUGGGAGCUGCGAUUUCCUCCAGAUGUGGUUUAACAGGUGUUGGUGCCAGCCCCUAUGUUAUGAACUGCAACGUGACCAUAGACACGCAGGACCUGAACGUCAGCCAACAGAUUGCCUGCGCGGUCCGCGGAGCCAAUGUUGGUGGCCUCGCGGGUAUCCAGGCGAUGGCCUUUCCUCAUGAGGGUACUGUGGAGAUUGCCUGUAACGUGGAGAGCUGGAAAGGUGAAACUUCAUCACCUCUGACAGAAGAGAAGGAGAAACACAUUUCUUAUUGCAUUCAGGGUGAAGAAUACGUGUAUUUCUCCCCAAGUUAUAUCGAGAAGCAUAUUAAAAAACUGGCUAAUAACUUUGGAGUUGCUACAGUGGGCACUGCGUUAAUUGGUUUUACACCUGAACGUUGCAAGAAUUUGGCAGAAAAGGCCAUAGGGGAAGGAACUGGAGAGUUUUGGAAGAAGCGCAAGGUCCUUACAAUGUAAGUGGGGCUUGUUGGCAUAAUUAAUGCUGUUGUGUUGAUCACAUUGUGUUGAUUGCACUAUACGUGGGUUUGAUUAUCAGUCUGCUAAUUAUGAUCUUGGGGACAAUUGAUAAGAAGAUAAAUGUUCAAUGAGUGGGAUGAAAUACUUAUGGAGGUCUGGCAGCCAGAAUGGACAUCAGGAGAAGAAGAAAGUUGCCCUCAGAUGGUGGAUGGGAUUUCUAAAUCAAUGCCUGUAUUACUCUUGACACCUCUUGACAUUGCCGGGAAGGUGUGCCUGAUAGUUGACCCAGAUUUGGCAUUAGUAAUGACGAUGGGAUUAUCAAGAAUUUCAUGAAACAACCACAUUGAGAUUUCUGUGUCCAUUUUAAUAAACACAAAAAUGUGAAUAGUUCAUUGUUAGCUGGGGGGGGGGGAGGUGACAACGAGGCAUGCAAUCAGAAAAAUUAAACGGGAGGACUGUGAAAGUGGUCAGAGAACAAGGGUGGGGAAGGGAUGGAGAGAGAGAGGGAAAGCAAGUUAGAGAAAUCGAUACUUAUACCACUGGGUUGCAAGCUGCCUAAGCGAAAUAUGAGGUGCUGUUCCUCCAAUUUGCUUUCCAUAAAUCUAGUUUCUCUCUCCCCUGACUUUCAGUCUGAAGAAGGGUCUCGACCCAAACCAUCACCCAUUCCUUCUCUCCAGAGAUGCUGCAUGUCCCACUGGGUUAUUGCAGCAUUUAGUGUGCAUCUUCAGUGUAAACCCGCAUCUUACUAGUUCCUUCCUACACACGGUCAGGAAUGUCCAAGAUGCCAGAAAUAGAAGGCUGCAGGAAUUUGUGAGGGAGGGGAUUGCGGUGGAGUGAUAAGAGGAGUGAAAGCCUCAAAUCUGAAAACAAUGAACAACCGCAGGUGGUCAAAAAGGCGUUUGGCACAUUGGCCUUCAUCCGGUCAGAGUAUUGAGUAUAAACUCGACAGUCUUUACAGAGCCAGUCAAUAUAGACCCUUCUUCAGACUCGACCCAAAACAUUACCUUUUCCUUCUCUCCAGAGAUGCUGCCUGUUCCGCUGAGUUACUCCAGCAUUUUGGCUCUAUCAUUGAUGUAAUGAUCAUCCACAGUUCCUUCCUACACUGAAAUGUGAAGAUACUAUCCGGGAUUCUGUCUGUCCCCACAAGUUGGGUUGUUGCAGUUUUCUCCAACUGCACCGAGGGAAUCACCUAACAUAAGCUAUGUACAAAUUAGUCUUCCUGUUAAAUACCCUGCGACUGCUAUCCUUCGAGGACUAAAUCACAUUUUAAUAAUAUACUCUGCCUUGGCUUACUAUUGAGCAAGUUAUUUUUCCUAAAAAAAUCUGAUAUUAUAAUUAUAUUAUUUCCUCACAUAAAUAUGGAUUUUUAAAUGUCAUGGAUUCCUUUCAAUAAAUCUUUAAAAAGUU